UCCUCGGCCCCGAGAGCCCGCUCAGUUUUGUCUGCUUGUCCGGCUGGCUCGGGUUCAGCCGCGGGUCCGGGAGGAGGCGGUGCUCGGGGGCCUCUCCGUCCGGGACGGCCGCAGCAGAAGCGAAAGCAACGGGGAGGCGGGGAGAGGAAGGAGGGGCGGCCGCGGUGCCACAGCGAGGUCUUGGCGCCGGCCCGGAAUGUCCGUGGCUGAUCGGUUCCAGAGUCGGCCGGUGGCCGCGUCCCGGCGAUGGCUCUGCGUCUGGUCACCGACUUUGACCUCGGGAAGGACGUGCUCCCCCGGCUGCGGGCGCAGCGUGCGGAGGCCGCGGGCCGCGGCGGCGCAGAUAUUUUGGAAGAUUAUAACAGCUUACGUCUACUAAAUGUUGAAAGAAAUGGAAAUAUUAUUUAUACCUAUAAGGAUUAUAAGGGAAAUGUCAUCUUUGGAUUAUAUGACUGCCAGACCAGAGAAAAUGAGCAUCUGUAUACCUUUGAGAAAGACUUGCAAGUUGUCAGCUGCUCUGUCAACAGGGAGAGGACUUUGCUUGCUGCAAGUUUUGUCCAAUCCACCAAAGAAGGAAGAAGGAAUGAACUUCAGCCAGGGUCAAAGUGCUUGACUUUGCUCAUUGAAAUCCACCCUGUGAACAAUGUGAAGGUUUUAAAAGCCAUAGACAGCUAUGUUUGGGUACAGUUCCUCUACCCACACACUGAAAGGCAUCCACUUCCAGCCAACCGUCUGUUGCUAGUUUCAGAAGAGAGGUAUAUUGAGCAAUUUCACAUCCAAGUCACCCAUGAAGAUGAAAACAGAGUGGUGGUUAAAAAUUCUGGCCAUCUCCCGAAAGACAGAAUAGCCGAAGAUUUUACUUGGGCUCAGUGGGAUAUGUCAGAGCAAAGAUUAUACUACAUUGAGCUGAAGAAAUGCAAAAGUAUUUUAAAAUGCAUCCAAUUUUAUGCGGAUGAGAACUUCAGCUUAAUGUUUGAAGCACCUUUGGACAUACCAUUAAAUGAUUCGGGAUUUAAGCUUGCCAACUUUGGAUAUGAUUAUUGUCAAGACCAAGAAAAACUAUCCAAGCAUCCGACUCUGUGUGUAUUCACCAGCCAUACAGGAAGUUUAUGUGUAUGUUACUGCCCCAAGUUUGACUCCUUGGAACAGAUCACCUAUUCAGUGUUUUAUUUUCAUAAAGGAUACAGCAAGACCUUCACAGCUGCUCUUGGGAGGACUGGCUCACCCAUGACCACAGGCAUCACUUUCCUCAACCUCGAUUACUACGUGGCUGUUUACUUACCUGGUCAUUUCUUCCACCUCCUUGAUAUUCAGCACCCAGACCUGGCCUGCCAUAGUCUGUUUCAGACAGGAAACAGUGAAAUGGUUGACCUGCUACCUCAUAGGCCAUUACAAUCCCUGCCAGGGUGCCUGGUACUGGAUUGGUGUUCAGGAAAGCUCUAUAGAGCGCACUUGAACCAGUCGUAUUUAUUACAGUUCCUAUGGAACACCUGCCAAGACUGUGAGAAGAUGGCUGCAUUGCACUGUGUGCUCUCAUGUGGCCAAAACCCAAGGCUCCUGGAAGACAAGAUUAUUCAGUGGAUUUCCGAGCCAGUUCCUGCCUGUCAUUCCUUUGACCUCAUUCAAGAGUUCAUCAUUGCUUCUGCAUAUUGGAGCGUAUACCCAGAGGCAACUCAUCUGGACAGACUAUUGCCGUAUUCGUCUGUGCACACGUGGAAUGAGGAAAUCCCUGGUGUCACCCUUGUGACGGAGGAGAUCGCCCUGCCUGUGAUGCGAGUGCACAGCUUUAAGGGAUACUGGGAAAAACUGAACUCCAACCUUGAGUAUGUCAAGUAUGCCAAGCCACACUUACGUUAUCACAACAGCGUGGUCAAGAGAGAGUGGCAGGACCUGAACUCUGAAGAGAAAACGGGAAAAAGAAGAUCCAUGGCCUUUGUAAGGAAUAUUCUGGAUAAUGCAGCUAAGGUGAUUUCUAACCUGGAAGCAAGAACUCUGGAACCAAGACUUGCACCCCUGUUGCAGGAAGAGGACAGCCCACAGAGGCUGCUCAUGGGGUUGAUGGUGUCUGAGCUGAGAGAUCAUCUUCUGAGACACCUCCAGGGCAUGGAAAAGAAGAAAAUUGAACACAUGGCGCUGGGUUAUGUUUCUAAACUGCUGGAUCUCAUGUGUUGCAUACUGGAAACCAGUUGGAAGAAACACGACCUUCGGUCCCGCAUCCUCUGCUUUAACAGGCCUGCCAGUGUGGCUGAAUCUUCCAUCUUUCAUAUCAUGACCAGGAUUCUGGAAGCUGCCAACAGCUUGUUUUUACCACUGCCUCCUGGCUUCCACACACUGCACACCCUCCUGGGUGUGCACUGCCUCCCCCUGCACAACCUGCUGCAUUACAUCGAUAACCGGGUGCUGCUGCUCACGGAGACAGCCGUCACGAGGCUCAUGAAGGAUCUGGACAACACAGAGAAAAACGAGAAGCUGAAAUUCAGCAUCGUUGUGCGACUUCCCCCGUGUAUUGGUCAGAAGAUCUGUCGCCUGUGGGACCAUCCCAUGAGUUCUAACAUCAUCUCGCGCAGCCACGUGACCCGGCUCCUGAAAAACUAUAAGAAACAGCCUUGGAACUCUACAAUUGACAAGUCAUCCUUCAGGAUAGAAUUUCUGCCCCUGAACUACUUCAUCGAAAUUCUGACAGAUCUAGAGUCUUCCAACCAAGCUCUCUAUGUCUGUGAAGGACAUGACCAUGUGGAUGCAGAAUUUGUGGAGGAGGCAGCUCUCAAACACACUACGAUGCUUUUAGGCUUAUGAAGAGACAAUGCAAUUGGAAUCAUCAGACUCAUCAGCUUUUCUCCUGUUGAGAAUUCUUUAGCAAGAUUGAAAACCGGGACACCCCCCUCACCCAACUGAACGUAUUUAUUGAGCCACCUAAGCUUCAGUCUGGUACUUGUGCAGCUAGAACUGAAUUGCAGAUCUCUGAUUUUGAACAGCUGCUAUGCAGUCAAGUGUAGAGAAAUGAAGAACUGGCCCAAGGAGGCACGCAGUGGCAACAAUGAUGCCCCUUGCUAGUGAUAUCAUAGCCCAAGAGCCAGCUUCCGUUGUACUCUGAAAUGUAUGCUUUUAAAGAUGUAGGGAACAGUGUUUAGAAAAGGGAAAAAGAAGAAAAAAGGAAUCAAUUUGGCAAGUGGCGAUGAGGGACUUUCAGAAGGUUUGUGAAGAGGUGUUGGACCUGACAGCGAAGCCGCCCGUGAAGACCCCAGCAUCCCACACUGGAGAACUGGAUUCGACACCUGCUCCGGCUCCCGGCUCCCGCUUCUUGCCAAUACAAGCUGUGGCAGGCGAAGGGGAGUUGCUUGAGACACUGGACACCUGCAGGAGUGAGUCCCUGGCUUCCACCUGAGCCAGCUCAGGGGCCGCUGUGGGCAUUGUGGGGGCGUGAGACAGCGGGCAGGUGCCUUCUCCCCCCUCCCUUUACCUGUCAAAACAUUUUAAAGCUGAUGGAAAAUGGAAUGAACCCUCCCCCGCCUCUUUUUGAAAUCCAUGUAAGGUUUUAAUGAUCUGUUUUUCAAGGAUUCUUUGAAGAGUCUCUAAAGGAGUGGAUUUCAGAAACAUUUUUUUUUUUUUUGCACAAGAGAGCAGACGUCUCUCAAUUAUGUUUGUUUUCAAUUCUGUUUAAAGUAUUUGAAGACCUCUUGUUCUUUUUAAAAAAGACUUAUUUGGAAGGCAUAGUUACACAGAGAGAA